AAAAAUAGAAUUGUCGAGAAGACUAGAAUAGAUUAUUGAAAGCCAGUGAUGAAAUAAUUUUUAAUUUAAUAUUUAAAUAACGUUAUUAUUUUAGUAUUUAAAAUUAAAGUGAUAUAAUUCUUCAAAACGAUUUUUAAAUAAUCCGAAAAAAAGUAUAUGUUAUAAAAAGUUUUUUUUUUUUUAUAACUAAAAACAAAGAGUAAAAGUGAUAACAAAAAGGAGGUGGAUAUCGGCGUGUCUUUUUAAAAGAUAUUUUUAUUGUUUAGUUUUUUUUAUAUUUAAUUCAUAAUGAUGGCGGAAUCCGAUACAACGGCGGAUGCAACUCGCCGUUUAAAUGUCAAAAAACAAACAUUGGACGAUGCGUAUGCAGCACCAGCAAAUUUCCUCGAAAUAGAUGUUGUGAAUCCUGUAACGAGUAUUACGGCUAAUAAGAAACGAUUUACAGAUUAUGAAGUUCGAAUGAGGACUAAUCUUCCAGUAUUUAAAGUAAAGGAGUCAAGUGUGCGUAGACGUUACAGUGAUUUUGAAUGGUUACGUAACGAAUUAGAACGUGACAGUAAAAUUGUAGUACCUCCAUUACCUGGAAAAGCAUGGAAAAGACAGAUGCCAUUUAGAGGGGAUGAUGGAAUAUUCGAAGAAGAUUUUAUUGAAGAACGGCGUGCAGGUCUUGAAACGUUUAUAAAUAAAAUUGCAGGUCACCCGUUAGCCCAAAAUGAAAAAUGUUUACAUAUUUUCCUACAAGAGCAAACCAUUGACAAAAAUUAUGUACCAGGCAAAAUACGCAAUACAUAAACAAUUAAUAAAUAUAAAUUUAUUUUUACUACAAAAAAAAAAUCUGAAUUUCAAAACGAAACAAAAAACAAAUGAAGAAAAUUAACUAGAUAAUAAAAUUAUAUUAUCACAUUCUACCCCUUCUUUUCCACCUUCAAUUUUGUUUUGAAGCAUAUAA